GUCGAAAUUAGUCGAGAUAUCGAUACAGCGUAUAUGGCGGCGUCCAAGUGGUAAAUAUUCACAUAUGCGUUUAACCAUGAUGUCACAUGACAUUUUUAUUUAACUGCUACAACAACGAUGCAUAAUGUUACAAUCGCACUGCCUGUAUAAUAUUGACAAAUCAAAGUCGACACGAAAAGGCCGCCGGUUUUCUCGGUUAUCGGUCAUCGUGAUCGCUUAUCAUUCUCGCGCUCUGCUGACUUUCGAGUGCGCGAGAACCGAAACCGGUGUUCAAACGUGUGUGUUUCGACAAUGAACACCGAGGACAAGACGUGGAAAACACUGCUUCCAAUAUGCGUUAAUAUGCUAAUGUCCGUGUGUGCGUACAGCUUGACGGUUCGCUUAAUCCCGAGGAUAAAAUCCAUGUUCGUUAAAGCUAACCUCUACGGCAUCGACAUGAGCAAGAGGAGCAGUGGACAAAUACCGGAGGCGAUAGGCGUUGUCACUGGAUGCGUGUUUCUCAUAACAAUGUUUUUAUUUAUUCCCAUGCCGUUUACAGAUUGUAUAUUUAGGAAUGUAAACUUUCCACAUGACAAGUUUGUUGAGUUUUUGGCUGCGUUACUAUCCAUAUGUUGCAUGCUGCUUCUGGGCUUUGCCGACGACGUUUUGGAUCUUCGUUGGCGGCACAAACUACUUCUGCCUACUGUAGCAUCUUUGCCAUUACUGAUGGUUUACUAUGUUAACUUUAACUCUACAAUUAUUAUUGUACCAAAGCCAUUAAGAUCGUGGUUUGGUUUCUCGCUGGAUCUAUGGAUCUUCUACUAUGUAUAUAUGGGAAUGCUGGCAGUGUUUUGUACAAACGCUAUAAAUAUAUUAGCCGGGAUAAACGGUUUGGAGGUUGGGCAGAGUUUAAUCAUCGCCACAAGCAUUAUCAUCUUCAACAUUGUCGAGUUAUUUGGCAGUCAAUGGAAGGCACAUCAGUUUUCAAUAUACUUCAUGCUGCCCUACACAGCAACUUCUCUCGCAUUAUUCAAAUUUAAUUGGUAUCCAUCGCAGGUUUUCGUGGGCGACACGUUUUGCUACUUGUCGGGAAUGACUUUCGCCGUCGUCGGUAUCCUAGGCCACUUUAGCAAGACGACCCUGUUAUUUUUUAUCCCGCAGAUACUGAAUUUCAUAUACAGCGUGCCGCAAUUAUUUCAUCUUGUGCCAUGUCCUAGGCAUAGAUUACCAAAGUAUAAUGAAAAAACGGAUGAAUUGGAGCCGAGUAUAACUGCAUUUCGCAGAUCUGAACUUAAUAUACUUGGAAGGUUACUGAUAUGGAUACUGAAAACGUUAAAAUUGAUAAAAUGGCAAGAAGACAAGGAAGGCAUCAUGAUUUGCAAUAAUCUAACUUUGAUUAAUUUUGUACUGAUCAAGGCCGGUUCAUUGAGAGAACCAACAUUGACGUCAAUUUUACUAAUAAUUCAGGUUAUCUGCAGUAUAAUGGCUUUUGUUAUAAGAUAUCCUCUGGCUUCCAUCUUUUAUGAUGUUUAAGUAAAUGCAAGAAUAUAGAAAUAUAUCACAAUUGUAAGGAA